AUGAAUCGAUUAUUCGGGGCAAAGAGCUCAGCUCCCAAGCCCACCCUUGACGGCGCCAUCCAAAAUGUCGACUCCCGUGUUUCUAGUAUAGAUGUCAAGCUUGCCGCUCUUAACGCCGAACUGUCCACCUACCAAACCAAAAUCUCCAGGAUGCGCGACGGACCCGGUAAAUCCGCCCUCCGUCAAAAGGCUCUUAAAGUCCUCCAGCGCCGGAAGCAAUACGAAGCCCAACGCGAUCAAUUAACGCAGCAAUCUUGGAACAUGGAACAAGCAGGAAUGAUGCAGGAUAACCUACGGAACGUGAUGACUACCGUGGAUGCGCUAAAGACGACUACGAAAACGCUGAAGCAGCAGUAUGGGAAGGUUGAUAUUGACAAGAUCGAGCGCAUGCAGGAUGAGAUGCAAGACUUGAUGGACAUUGGGAACGAGAUUCAGGAGAGCAUCAGUCGCGCAUAUGAUGUGCCAGAAGAUGUGGAUGAGGAAGAUUUGGAUGCUGAACUGGAGGCGUUGGGCGAGGAAGUAAUGCUAGAGCCGACGCUAGGAGAGGACGCGAUGCCAUCGUUCAUGCAGGAUGAAGUGGCACCGCCUCAGUUCAUCGAUGAGCCGCCAGAGCAGAAUAAGCUUAAGGAGGCAGCUGGCGGGGUUGGAUGA